GAUGAAAUAGACCGAGAAAGUCAGUCCGAUAUAUUUACAAUAUUAAUAAGUUAUAUGUUCAUGUUUGGGUAUGUUGCUUUUGCGCUGGGACAGUAUCAGGUAACCGGUAACAAUCUGGCCACACUGCUCAUUCACUCCAAACUGAUGCUUGGUGUUGCGGGCGUUUUGAUCGUGGCGUUAUCAGUUACGUCGUCAAUUGGGUUAUAUGCGUUCUACGGCAUUCCAGCAUCAAUGAUUAUCCUCGAAGUACAACCAUUCCUGGUGCUCGCUGUUGGCGUCGAUAAUAUCUUUAUUUUUGUACAGGCUUAUCAGAGGGCAGAAGAGCCGCUGUCCGAACCCUUAUAUCUUCGAAUAGCACAUAUAAGCGGUGAAGUGAUUCCGUCUAUGCUUCUUUCAUCGUUUUCCGAGUGCCUAUGUUUUUUCGUUGGAGCGCUGUCGUCGAUGCCUGCUGUUAAAGUUUUUUCGCUUUAUGCAGCACUCGCGAUAUUCUUCAAUUUCUUCCUCCAGAUCACUUGCUUUCUCGCAGUAUUUGUUUUGGAUGUACAACGCGAAGAGGACGGGCGACCAGAAGUGUGUUGUUGUAAGCGAAUAACAGCAGUGGAGGUGAUGAGCAACGAUGGCUACAUGUUGUAUUUAUUUAGCAAUUAUUAUGCUCCAUUUCUUUUGUCAAAAUACGUGCGAAUUUUGGUGGUGCUUUUAUUUGCUGGUUGGUUGAGCAGUUCAUUUGCAGUGCUGGGCAACAUUCCACUUGGCCUCGAUCAAAAAAUGGCCGUCCCAGAGGAUUCCUAUGUAUUUUCGCAUUUCAAGUCGAUGGAUCGCUUCCUGUCUGUUGGACCACCUGUGUAUUUUGUGAUCAAGGGUAACGUGGAAUUCAGCGACCCAUACGAAUUCAAUAGAAUUUGCUCGGGUGCUGGCUGCGCUGCCGAUUCGUUAGGUGCUCAAAUCUCACGUGCCGCACGAUGGUCCAAUAGGUAUUCUGCAGUUUUAGUUCUUUUCAAAGAAUACUGUGCAAAAGCCCUCAACAAAGCAGUAUUGAACGGUGCUUCUGAUUCGGCACUUUGA